AUGGCCAACUCAACAGGCAGCGAAAGCUGUCCCUACCCCUUUCUGAACCAAGCGUUAUACUCUCAGAGAGCAGGCGACACGCACGCCACCUUCUGCGGCCAGAUUUCGCCUACCCUCUCCUGCUGCUUGCCGUGCCCGCUUGAGCAAUGGAUCUACUCCGACUCCCUUCACUUCUACGUCAGGAUUGCGCAGUGGUUCAACGUGCCGGCGUUGUGUUGCCAGGUGUUCCUGUUGCUGUCGUUCGCGGUGUUGCCGCGGGAGCGAACGCAGGUGCAGGGGAGAUAUCUGAGCGUAGGGUUGUGUGUGGGGUUGGUGUUGUUGGAGCUGGCUUUUAUCGUUCCGCUGGGCACGCAGCCGGACGUCUGCUACAAUGCCAUUACGCCGCGCGACAUGUACACCAGCAUGUCGUGCGCGUGGACCGGUGCGCUGCUGGAAAUGGGAAGCAUGGCGGGUUUGGUCUGGAUUCUCCUCCGCUCCCUCUACACCCACCUUCGAGUCUGCUGGGACAUUGAACUUACCACGCCUCGCUUCAAGUGGAUCGCCCACGCCCUUGGCUGGGGGCUUCCGGCGUUCUUCCUCGCCAUCUCCCUCCCCAUCACCAAGCUCAGCUACCGCUUGACUUCCACGUGUCUCCCGAACCCUCAUGAAUCCUUUAUUACGUGGUUCGGAUGGCUCAUCGCCUUUGCCCUCCUUGGUGCACUCAUCCAGUUCGCGACGACAGGCUUCUGUCUCGUCGUAUUCUUGCGCAGCUACAUGUCCGCCAGCAAGGCGCCGUCUGGCCCUCGCUUCGGCAAUUCGACGCAGGGAACCGCGACAUCGGCACCACCGUCAAUCACCAGCACCAGACGGGUCGCAUGGCGAAGAGUGCAGCAGGUGUUGGCAUUGCAAUGGAGGAACAUACUCCUCAGCUUCGUGGUGAUUGUCGACGUGGUGUAUUCGGGCAUCGUCUAUGUUCUGAUGACGAAUACGGAGGACAAGGAUAACUCAUCGACGCAGACGAAUCAGAUCAACGAGUGGAGCAGUUGUCUGAUUGAGAGCGGCAGAAACAAAGCGGAGUGUCUGGAGCUGGCCAAGCCGUUGAGAUUUGGGGAGGGCCAGGUUGUGGCGACGUUGUUCAUGGCUUCGCUCAUCGGCAUCUUUACCUUUUGCCUCAUGAUCCGGUGGUCGAUGAUCCAAGGCUGGUGGGAGUUGAUCCGGCAUCCGCUGCGGAGGGACAGUGUGGAUUUCGAGCUCGUCUCUCACAGCCCCAAGCAUAUGUCGUUGACGAAACCCCUGGCUUCGGAGAAAGCGGCAUCAGUCACAGACGUCCGACCGAAUGAAGAGGAUGAUAUGCCAAACGACGAGGAGGUGAAGAAAUUGUUUGGCUGGAAGUGA